GCUACCCUCAUGCAAACUAGUCGCCAUGCAGCAAAGUCACGUCUGUCCCCAGACACGCUACGAACCGUUGGAUGCACGCGCAUCCCUGUAUCGCAUCUCAUCUCCGCCUAAAUCAUACUCGCCCAAAAUUUCCCGCUUCACCCCUCGAAAUGCGCACGCCCUAGUCGCCGUGUCGCAACGCCAAUCUCGCCCUCCUUACACCCUCAGACGCUUUGCGCAUGCAGUCUAUGUGCCAAUUGAACAGCGACAAUGGCUUCAGUACCACCGAAUGAACCCCCAGCGGUUAAGAAACGCGGUCGCCCGAAGAAAGUCGUAGCCGAGAAUGCGGGGACAACACCUGCGGUCGAAGCGAGCAAGGUGGCCGUAAAGAAGGUGACCGCGAAGCCUGUUGGGAAAGCGAAGGCUGCGGAAGUCAAGAAAGAGAAGAAGACGGUUGCGAAGAGCGCAAAGACUGUUGCUCCUGCUGUUGCUCCUGCCGCGAAGAAAGACGCGCCUCAAUCGCCAAUUGCGCCCGAACAACCCACGCCCGUCACACCCUCCACAAGCAAGAUAUUAGAGGAGGUACAAGCAAAAGGGACGUUAAAGAAAGCACAAUCAGCGAAGGUCGUGGAGAAAGUAGCGUCGAGUACAGACAAGAAGACAGCGCCGCCACAAUCCCAGACCCAAGAACCGACAACAAAACCAGCGCCAGCAGCAUCUACGACCACUCCUCCUUCAAAUCCGACCACAAAACCCACCUCCCCACGCCCAACAACAAUCCCCCUCCCCUCGCACCCCACAAAAGCGCCCUCACCCAUCUCAUCACCACCUCCGAACCCAUACCCACGCUUCUCCAAACCCACACCAUCCACCCGCCACAUACCGCCAAACCCCUACCCAACCAGCAUCCGUCCCUCGAAUCAACAAACACCGCCACCGCCACACCAGCGACAACACCCCACGCGCCUCAUCGAGCCCACACCAGACGUUAGGCUACCACCUAAAUACAAGCCCGCGUCGCGCCGGGUCACAGCGAUAAUGGUGAGCUUGCCGAUUGUGCUGGUGUUUGGGUAUGAGUUGUUUGAGCGGUGGAGGGGAAAGGAGGUUAAGCAGGUUUUUAGGGAGACGGAGAAGGAAUUGAGUGAAUGAUUUAACGGCGGGUGGGUAAUGAUGAAACCUGUUUGGUAAUGAUUCGGUGAUGCGGGCGAUGAUGAUGACGAGUAAUGUUGGAUUUGGAUUGUGUAUUUAUACUAUUUAUACGGUCUGGUCUCUGCUACCUCUUAUGUAUGUUUAUAGAGAUACGGUACACGAAAGGGGUAUCACUACUCU